ACCAGUUAGGUGGCUGCCCUUCCUGCAAUCGAGUUGGUGGAGCAAAAGCAGUUGGGCAAAUUAGUGGCGAUUGUUGGGUGAACAAGCUCCCCGGGAUGAAAGCAACAAGGAUAACGAGGGUCGCAUAAAUCCAAAUUUCAACUACUUUUGCUGCCUCUUUCAAUUCCAGUUCUAAUUCUGUAGUAUAUGUUGUUUUACUUGUGAUGUAAAUAAAGAGACGGAGUAUGCAAGGCUACUCUGUAUUUUCACUUAAAGUUUGUCCCUUUCCCCUCUUUUCUCUUCCUUCAAAUUCACUGCCCUUUAAAUUGAACUCAUGGAAAACAAGGGUUCACUCUUCCCAUGUUGGAAUUCCUUCUGAUUAUGCCCCCAACAAACGUUUGCUUCUUUUCAAGGUACGUGCAACUGCUGCUGAAACUGAUCAACCAAAAUGGUGGGAAAAGAAUGCCUCAAAUAUGGUUGACAUCCAUUCAACUCAAGAAUUUUUAGAUGCCUUAAGUCAAGCUGGAGAUAGAUUAGUCAUUGUUGACUUUUAUGGCACAUGGUGUGCUUCUUGUCGCGCAUUGUUCCCCAAGGUCUGCAUGAUUGCCGAAAAACACCCAGAAAUCCUUUUCCUUAAGGUGAACUUUGAUGAGAACAAGUCCUUGUGCAAAAGCUUAAAUGUAAAAGUCCUCCCAUAUUUCCACUUCUAUAGAGGAGUUGACGGCCUGUUGGAUUCCUUUUCUUGCUCUCUCGCAAAGCUCCAGAAAUUAAAGGAUGCUAUUGCAAAUUAUAAUCCAGCUCAUGCAAAAGAGAGUUCCCUGAAAGGAACUGAUGAUGGGAAGUCUGUGCUUCCUUGAAAUUUCUGCAUCCUAAAAGGCAAGGCAGUUUAAAUCAACUGCAAGGUAUAAAUAAACAAAUUUGCUUGUACUAUAUUUAAUUCUAGAACCUUACUGCAGACUGCUAUUGGCUGUGUCACAACCUUCCUUCUACAAUGUGUUAGAAAGCUGUGCAUAGUCCUUUGUACAAAGCAUUGAUUUUUUGCCAUUGCUGUAAUCUAUUUCUUAUGACGAUAUGGUAAAAAAUGUUUUUACAUAUUAGUUUGUAA